GAAAACACACACAUUCUGCUGCCCUCCCAUACAUUAAUUGAUUUCACCCAAAUUGAAUUACUCCAUCAAAAAUGUCCAAAAAGCAUUUAAGUGAAGAAAUCUCAGAUUUUUCUUAAGUUUAGCUUUUUCCUGCCACAUUUGUACUGCCAAGUUAGCCAACACUGUCAGCAUGACAGCCGACGGGGAGCAGAAAGUGGAGGAUGUGUUUACCAUCCAGGAGUCGGAUUGCUGUGGCAAUGGCUGCACCAACUGCAUUCUGGACAACAAGCCCAGGCCCAGCCAGCGCGCCCUGCUGACCGGCAAGCGGAACAUUAUCCUCAAUUACACCAAAUUCCGGCUGUUGCAGCGGGACAACCACACGGGUGACAACCAAGUGCUCUUCCUGCACUUUGGCCAUGUCGCUGAGAGCGACGCAGAGGAUGACAGUGUGCUGGACAUUCCCCCGGGACACCAUAUAAUGCUGCGUAUUGGCUCCCUGCUGCGUCCGUAUUCCCCCUACUGGACGGACUUUGCCAGCAAAGAGUUCAAAAUACUUGUGAAGCUGCAGUCCGAUGGUCCCAUGUCGCAGCACCUGGCUGACGUGCGGGCCAACGACAGGCUGGAGUUUCGCGGACCCAUUGGCAAUUAUCGGCACGAUCCAGCCGUGACCAAGUGCAUUUAUAUUGUUGCCCAGGGCGUGGCCAUUGCCCCAACGCUGCCACUGGUGGGGCAAGUGCUGGAGAAUGAGGAUGACAUGAGUCGCGUUUGGCAUUUGGUGUGCGCCCCCGAUCUGCAGCAUGUCUACUUUCGGGAUCAGCUGCUGGAGUUUGCCAAAUACUGGAACUAUCGCAGCUGCCUGUACGUGCCCCACCAGCAAUGUGGCUCUGCUGCCUGCCUGGAGGCCGGACACUGCCGGCAGGAGUGCGCCGAGCUGCGCAGCAGCCUCCGCUACAAGGAGAGGGUGCGCCUGCACCGACUGGAUGCCAAUGAGCUGGAGCAGCAUGCCAAUCCCGCCAUCCCGGGACUGCGUGUCCUAAUCAUAGCCGGCGAUUCAGGCUUUCAGCGGGCCAUGGGCGAAGCGGCAGCCAAAGCCCUUGCCGUGGCACAGGAGAAUGUUUAUUUGUUGUAAAGACCAAGAUUAAGGAUUAAGGAUUACGAAAUGCAUGUUGUGACAGGA